CAUAAAUUAAAAUAUUUGUUGGUUCUCACUGUUAUAUAUUUAAUAAUAAAUCUAGUGAUUGCUGAAGAAGUUGAAGGAUAUAAAAGCUACAAAGGAUAUAAAAUAUUUUCAAUACUCCCUAAAAAUGAUAAAGACUUAAAGAAAAUUAGUAGAAUUUUAAAAAAUCCAUAUAUAGAUGUAUGGAAAUCGACUAAUAUAAUAGGAAGCCGAACUGACGUGAUGGUACCACCACAAAUGCAAGAAGAAUUUACUCAGAAAUUAAAUAGAAAUGAAUUAAUAUAUAACAUUACACUGGACAAUGUGCAGAGGAUAAUAAAUGAAGAAAGACAACAACAGCGAAAGAAUAGUGUAGCAACAAAAGAUGGAACUAGAAAUCACAUAUUAAGGCACUUUAUAAGAAAUUUAACAAAGCCUACCAUAUUUAUUAUGGGAGGUGCACAUGCACGGGAAUGGAUUGGACCUGCGCAAGUUUUACAUAUUAUUUAUGAGCUUGUUGAACGAAAUGCUAAGAAUAAACACCUAAUUGAGCAUAUUGAUUGGUAUUUGCUUCCUACUCUAAAUCCUGAUGGAUACGAAUAUACUUUUGAAGAGGAUCGAAUGUGGCGAAAAAAUCGAAGGAGGGUAUCGAAAACGUGUAUUGGUGUCGAUACAAAUCGCAAUUUUGAUUACAAAUGGAAAAGUGAAAGUAAAUGUGGCGAUACUUUUCCUGGUUAUCGUAGUUUUUCUGAACCUGAAACUAUUGCAAUAAAAAAAUUUGCUGAAAGCAUUAAGUAUCAGUUGAAAUUAUAUUUAACCUUUCACUCGUAUAGUGAAAUUAUUUUGUAUCCUUGGUCUUAUACAACUAAAGAAGUACCUAACAACUAUAAUAAAUUGAAAAAAAUUGCUAAAAAUCUUGAAAAAAUACUGGGUCACGAUUAUACAUCGGGUGUUCCAGGAAAUAUUCUAUUUUAUAAUGCAUAUGGUUCUAGUAUGGAUUGGUUUAAAGGUCAUUUAAAUGUUGACCUUGUUUUUGCUAUAGAAUUAUCACCUGGACAGUCUGGUGAAAUAGAUGGCAAUUAUUAUGGUUUCGCUCUGCCAAUAACAACUUCCUAA